AUGGAUGGCUAUGCGAUGAAGAUGAUUGCAAGGCCUUUGGGAGAUCUAGGCCUUGGCGAUCCCGCAAUGUCAUGGUCAAAGCCAGGCGCUGCCACGAAUAGGGUGAAGAUGGGCGACGCUGGUCUAGGAGAGGACACAGUUGAGCAGGGCGUCGAUGCAAGGGGCGACACCCAUAGCGCUAGCGACACCAUAGGAGGUGAAGACAGGGGCGCCCAUGGCACUAAACUCGAUGCCACAAGGGACGAGGUGAGAGGUGUUGCUGGUGCUGCCAUAGGAGACCAAGGCAGCGCCCUCGAUGUGAGAAUUGGGGUGGAUAGAGGUGCGGCUCCAUUAGUGAUAGUGCCAGGGGCUCGGGUAGUGACACUUCAAGUGGCUUGGGCAGCAUCUUGGAUUAAGGGGCCACGCCACGCCACGCCAAGCGGUGCCAAUGCGCCAAACGACACCUACGUUGCACUAGAUUCGCUAGGAGAUGCCAGAGGUAUGUGGAGUGGAGAUUGUAGGCAGGAUUCUGAUUGCGACCAUCUGGUAAGGGCCCGCGGUGGUGAUGACGGUACAGGCUUAGGGGUAGGAAGACCAAUCACCGGUGCUGUAGUGUCAUCCACUUAG